AAGAUUGUUCAAGACCUUAUCUCUGUGUGCCUCAGUGAUCCCCCUGCCCCAGGGGUGCAGUCUGUGGUUGAGUGAUUCUGAGCCUGCAGGCGACAGGGGCCAAGGAUGUGAACGUGGCCUGGAACUUUCGAAGCAGUGACCGGUGGAACCCUGUGGCUCCAGAGAGCAGCAGUAGAGGAGGUAUUGAGGCUCCAGGUUAGGUGGGUCAGGCCUCCACCAGCCAUCCACCAUGGUGGUGGCACACCCUACUGCCACCGCUACCACCACACCCGCUGCCACUGUCACAGCCACUGUCGUGAUGACCACGGCCACCAUGGACCUGCGGGACUGGCUGUUUCUCUGCUACGGGCUUAUUGCCUUCCUCACAGAGGUCAUCGAUAGCACCACCUGCCCAUCGGUGUGCCGCUGUGACAAUGGCUUCAUCUACUGCAACGACCGGGGACUCACAUCCAUCCCCUCAGACAUCCCUGAUGACGCCACUACCCUCUACCUACAGAACAAUCAGAUCAACAAUGCAGGCAUCCCUCAGGACCUCAAGACCAAGGUCAAGGUGCAGGUCAUCUACCUGUAUGAGAAUGACCUGGAUGAGUUUCCCAUCAACCUCCCCCGGUCCCUGCGAGAGCUGCACCUGCAGGACAACAACGUGCGCACCAUCGCCAGGGACUCCUUGGCUCGCAUCCCGCUGCUGGAGAAGCUGCACCUGGAUGACAACUCCGUUUCCACCGUGAGCAUCGAGGAGGACGCUUUCGCUGACAGCAAGCAGCUCAAGCUGCUCUUCCUGAGCCGGAACCACCUGAGCAGCAUCCCGUCGGGGCUGCCCCACACGCUGGAGGAGCUGCGGCUGGAUGACAACCGCAUCUCUACCAUCCCCCUGCACGCCUUCAAGGGUCUCAACAGCCUGCGGCGCCUGGUCCUGGAUGGCAACCUGCUGGCCAACCAGCGCAUCGCCGAUGACACCUUCAGUCGCCUGCAGAACCUCACAGAGCUGUCGCUGGUACGCAACUCGCUGGCUGCCCCGCCCCUCAAUCUGCCCAGUGCCCACCUGCAGAAGCUCUACCUGCAGGACAAUGCCAUUAGCCACAUCCCCUACAACACACUGGCCAAGAUGCGGGAGCUGGAGAGGUUGGACCUGUCCAACAACAACCUCACCACGCUGCCCCGAGGCCUCUUUGAUGACCUGGGGAACCUGGCCCAGCUGCUCCUCAGGAACAACCCCUGGUUCUGCGGCUGUAACCUCAUGUGGCUGCGGGACUGGGUGAAGGCACGGGCCGCCGUGGUCAACGUGCGCGGCCUCAUGUGCCAGGGCCCUGAGAAGGUCCGGGGCAUGGCCAUCAAAGACAUCACCAGCGAGAUGGACGAGUGCUUUGAGGCAGGGUCACAGGGCAGUGCAGCUAAUGCAGCUGCCAAGACCACAGCCAGCAACCAUGCCUCUGCCACCACGCCCCAGGGCUCUCUGUUUACCCUCAAAGCCAAGAGACCAGGACUGCGCCUUCCUGACUCCAACAUUGACUACCCCAUGGCCACCGGCGAUGGUGCCAAGACAUUGGUCAUCCAGGUGAAGCCACUGACAGCUGACUCUAUCCGAAUCACAUGGAAGGCUAUGCUACCUGCCUCCUCUUUCCGGCUCAGUUGGCUGCGUCUGGGCCACAGCCCAGCUGUGGGCUCUAUCACAGAAACCCUGGUGCAGGGGGACAAGACGGAGUAUUUGCUGACGGCCUUGGAGCCCAAAUCCACCUAUAUCAUCUGUAUGGUCACCAUGGAGACUGGCAACACCUAUGUGGCUGACGAGACACCUGUGUGUGCCAAGGCAGAGACGGCUGACAGCUACGGCCCUACCACUACACUCAAUCAGGAGCAGAAUGCUGGCCCUAUGGCGGGGCUGCCCCUGGCUGGCAUUAUUGGUGGUGCCGUGGCCCUUGUAUUUCUCUUCCUGGUCCUGGGAGCCAUUUGCUGGUAUGUGCACCGGGCUGGUGAGCUGCUGACCCGAGAGAGGGUCUACAACAGGGGCAGCAGGAAAAAGGAUGACUACAUGGAGUCGGGGACCAAGAAGGAUAACUCCAUUCUAGAAAUCCGAGGCCCAGGUCUGCAGAUGCUACCCAUUAACCCAUACCGCUCCAAAGAAGAGUACGUGGUGCACACCAUAUUUCCCUCCAAUGGCAGCAGCCUCUGCAAGGGCGCCCACACUAUUGGCUAUGGCACCACGAGGGGCUACCGGGACGGUGGCAUUCCUGAUGUGGACUAUUCCUACACAUGAAGACAGCUGCCCCCCCAGUGUGACCACAUGGCUCUGUCUCACCCACUGCCACACCAGGAGCCAGGAAGAGAAACUCCACAGUGACUUUCCCAGCAGAAAGCAAAGUUUGGGGAGGGUUGGUGAUUUUGCAGAAUACAACAGUGGGGUUAAAAAUAAAUAAAUACAUAGAAGGCAGGAGGGGGAAUUCAACAUUGUUGGAGAUGUAACUUAAUGCCAGAUCAUGAGAGUUAAGGACUAAAAUAAUCUUGCAGGAAGGGUUGGAUUGGGACCUUUUUCCCCCUGAACCAGAUUGACACUACCUGUACAACA